AUGGAACAAAUCAGAAUAUCUCAGACAGGGGUGGCAAAAACAAAUAAUAAAUUCAUUGAAGAAUAUCAAACUAGAUUAGAAGGAGUAAUAAAUAAAAGAGAAUAUUUAUUAAUUAUUAAAAAAUUAAACACAUUUAAUUCAUUCAAUUAUAAAUUUUUUUUUUUUAUUAUAAUUUUGUUUGGUGGUUUAGGAAUGGUUGUUGCAGGUUCAGUUUUGAAAUUUGAUAAUACUUGGAAACUUGAUGAAAAUUAUGAAGAAUAUAUAAUGGUAACCAAAGAAUCUGAAGAAAAAAGAAAAAUUAGUCUUGCAUUGAUUAUACUUGGAUCAAUGCUUUCAAUAAUUGGAACUAUUUUAUUAUCAUGCUCAUUUUGUAUUUCAGCUGCAAUAUAUAAGAAUAAUAUAAAAACGUUCUUAAUAGAGGUAAAUAGACAUUAUGGCCCAAGAGGAAUUGUAUGGAAAUUUGAACGUGAACUUGUUAAUAAUUACUAUAAAUAUUAUAUAAAAAUAUCAUUCCCAACAACAAUUCAAAGAAUUUCAAAUAGUGAAACAGAAGUUGAACCAACCUUAACUAUUGCUGACAAUUCACAAUAUUAUCCACCUUCAUCACAACAACAACAACAACAAACAUCAAAUUCAAAUCGUUUUGAACCAAAUUCACCAAAACCAUCAGCACCACCAACAUCUUAUAGUCAAUAUUAUCCACCUCCAUUACAACAACAACAACAAACAUCGAAUUCAAAUAGUUUUGAACCAUAUUCACCAACACCAUAUUACCCAAACUCUGAUGAACCAUCAUCAUCAUCAUCAUCAUCAUCAUCACCAAGACCACUAACAACAACAACAACAACCACAAAAACAUCAACAAUAAAAAGCCUUCAACCACAAGCACCACUACAAUUACCUCAUAUUUAUGAAGAAGCACAAUCAGUACCAUUACCUCAAGAAAUACUUGAUAUGUUGGAAUUAGAAGAAAGAAAUGAUGCUAAAGAGUUUAGAAAAUUGUAA